AUGGUCGCCAGGCUGUCUCUCACACGACGGUAUGCCAUUCUCGGUUUUAUUAUCGUCGGAUAUAUUCUCUUUCAAUUCAUACGGUAAGACUUUAUGGGCGGGUCUCGAGAGUGUGUGCAAAGUUUUGUCCUGUUUGUUGUUGUUUUUCCUCAUGUUGUCAUGGACCUGCUAAUGCAUCAAUAUUCAACCAUCCCAAAACGGACCCUUUUCAAACUGGUUAUUUAAGUACAAUGUAUUAUAGGCAAUGCUAUUAAAGACAAUUCAUAAUGAGAAAAUGUGAUCAGAUUGUUAAAUAUUAUUACACAGAAGAUGUAGGCCUAUACCAAAUGUGAGAAAAAUAAUAUGCAAUCAAUAGUCUAAUUAAUACAAAGCCAUUCUAUAUCCUCCAUUUAACCUAUCGUGAACUUUCACCUGACCCACCUGCCCUGGACCUUUACCUUGUGUAGACACUUAGCUUUUAUGUUGCUGAUUCUUAUGGCACAGUGCAGGACUCAUUCCACAGCAUCGACAGUGUGAGCAAUUUACUAUGUAAGUCUCCCUCAUAUUCAAAAAUAGAUUAGCAUUCUGGUCAGACAAGAGGAAUAGCAUGCUUGUAGCGUAUUUCAUUAGUCUUCUCUGCGCUGAAAGAUUUGUUGAUUUAUCUAAAACUGUUGGGUCUGUCUUUUAUGCUUGUGACAAGUGUUAUAAAUACUUAGCUACUCACCUUAGAUGCCAUUGUCAAGUUCCUAUGAUUCCUAUCUAAUUUACAUUUCUGGAUUGACCAGCAGUUUGUCUUUCUCCUCCAGCCAACACCCAGAGGUGGAGAGAAUGAGCCAGAAAGAGGGACUGAGGGCCAACUCCUCUCAGUUCACUCUGGAGGGAGAGCCCUUUCGCAUCCUGGGGGGCUCUAUCCACUACUUCCGCGUCCCCAGAGCCUACUGGGAGGACCGGCUGCUGAAGAUGAGGGCCUGUGGGGUCAACACUCUCACCACGUAGGGACACACAGAACACCUCAUGUCCUGUUAUACCACCACUCACUGCUGCUCUACUAUGGAGAGAUACUGAGAAUGACUGCUUUCUCUUUCAGAUAUGUGCCAUGGAACCUGCAUGAGCCAGAGAGAGGGGUUUUCAUCUUCCAGGACCAAUUGGAUUUAAAGUAAGGAAGACUUCCACUUUUUAAAAUAUGAUUUUGUGAUGAAAAUGUUUGAUAGAGCUGUUGAGCUUUGUCUCUCUGCUUUUCUCUGUGUCUCUCAGGGCGUACAUCAGCCUAGCAGCAGAGUUGGGCCUCUGGGUGAUUCUGCGGCCAGGACCCUACAUCUGUGCUGAUUGGGACUUAGGAGGGUUGCCCAGGUUAGAUGUUCCCAGGUUUUAACAUUUAAGCCCAGGUUGGUUUCAGCUCCCUGUAUGUAUAGGUCCCCCUACACGACGUCUUAUCCAUUUUUCCUCAUUCAUUAUUGUGAUGCUCAUUUCCACUGUGGUGCUAUUUCCGUCAGGUCUCUGGGCAGACAGUCCCACAUUCCUUAUUAGUAAUGUGGGUAAAUAGAAUCAUAGAUCUAAGGGGAAAAACAGAUAUUGCUCACACACACAGAGAAUGAAAACAGUUAUUUGCUGAGCUUUUCCCCCUCAAUGAGAGUCAUUUGACUGACUCUGAUCAUCAUCUAAGUGGAUUGAGGAAGGGUAAUUGGUCCAAAAAUAUCCCAGUAUGUACCACUAGGUUAACCAGAUCAUAGAUAUUUGGAAAUCCAUUAAACUCACGCUGUGUUAUGAAUCACAUUAACAAUCAACGCAGUCAUUGUGCAUUAAUGCCAUCAGUGCAACCAGUAUUGAAAUGUAACUACAUACAUUGUUGAUAACAUUAGAGAGUUGUCAUGUAUUGCUUUCUUCCUAGUUGGUUGUUGCGUGAUCCAGACAUGAAGUUGAGAACAACCUACCCAGGUUUCACAGAAGCAGUUGACUCCUUCUUUGAUCAACUCAUUCCAAGAGUUGCACCAUAUCAGGUUAUUAUUUUCCUCACUUUCUCACUACUCUUCUAUGAAGUACACUUGGGUUUCCAGUUUUCCUGUUCAAUUGUGUGUGACAACGAUAUCACUGCAUAGAUAUGGUUGUUGAUAAGAGCUAUCAAAAUACUAAAAUAUUCUUAAAAUUUGAAGCUUGGUGUUUUAUCAAUCCAAAAGGCUUUGAACAUAUAUGCUUGUGACUUAAAUCAAUUGAAAGUUCUGCUCUUAUUUGAUGUAUUAUUUAAAACUCAGUACUCCAAGGGGGGCCCAAUUAUAGCAGUUCAAGUGGAGAACAAGUAUGGCUCUUAUGCAAAAGACGUGGAAUACAUGCCAUACAUAAAGCAGGUAAGACAGUGCAGUGCAUCUAUUUUAUUACACACACGCGUACACGCAAACACACGCCGUGCGUCACUUUAUCUUGACUUCACUACAACUAUAUGCAUUUUCAAUUGUAGGAUAUCUACUUGGAAAUAUGAGCAUGAUUGAGAUGAGAUCCUUGUUCUAGGCAUUAUUAUCUAGGGGGAUCGAGGAGCUGCUCCUGACCUCAGACAACCAGGAUGGACUGAAGCACGGGGGAGUGAAUGGAGGUAUUGCACUGACUGGACAAACAGACAGACAGCUGCACUAUAGUAGAGCCUCUGGCCCAUCUGACUCUGCAGCCUCUGCCUGAACUGUAGUUGGUAUUCUCCCAUAACACAAGAGCUCUGGCUGUGCCAAGGACAGGUGUGUGUGUCAGGCAGCUGCUGUUAGGCUUCAUUAGAACUGCUCCUUGACUAAUUCCCUCUCCACUUGAAGCCUAAACACAAAGGAGACAGAUGAGCCUGUGCUGUUUAGAUAGAUACAGAUUAAGCUAGGGAGAAAACAAGACAAAAAUAUGAUCUGUUAAAAUGCAAAGCAGUUUCAUGAGCAUGAAGUCACUGUAGCAUCCCACUGGGCACACACUGGUUGAACCAACGUUGAAUAGACAUUGAAUUGACGUCUGUGCCCAGUGGGAUACUGUCAUGCUGUAUUUUAUUUGUGUUUGUUAUGGAUUUACUGUAUGUACUCUUGUAAUGUACUGUUUAGUUUUUGUUUUCCGUUUACGUCAAUAGUUCUAGAAACCAUAAAUUUUCAGAAACAGAGCCCAGAGGGAUUUAAGUAUCUGGAUGCAAUUCAAGUGAGUGAUGAUUGUCUACUAAUAUUUAUCAUUAGAUUUAUCCAGCUCCAGCAUUAUAAUUGAUCAGUUAUUCAGUUUCAUCUGACACCUGUAGAUAAAACAGAGGAUAUUAGCUAUGUAGUCUUAAUCUGUGAAACAAAUAGCUUUGAACCACAGUCUUGGGAUGCCUAUAGUCUUGGCCCAGUUUUUCAGAAGUUAUCUGAUCGGAUUUCGGCAAUCGGAUAGGAUUAAAUGCGUAGCUAUGCAUUUAAAUCCUAUUCGAUUGCCGAUAUCCGAUCAUACAGUGCAUUUGGAAAGUACUCAGACCCUUUCACUUUUCCUACAUUUUGUUACGUUACAGCCUUAUUCUAAAAUGGAUUAAAUAGUUUUUUCCCUCAUCAAUCUACACACAAUACCCCAUAAUGGCAAAGCAAAAACCGUUUUUUAGAAAUUUUAGCAAAUGUAUUAAAAAUCAAAAAACGGAAAUAUCAAAUUUACAUAAGUAUUCAGACCCUUUGCUCAGUACUUUGUUGAAGCACCUUUGGCAGCGAUUACAGCCUUGAGUCUUCUUGGGUAUGAUGCUACAAGCUUGGCACACCUGUAUUUGGGAAGUCUCUCCCAUUAUUUUCUGCAGAUCCUCUCAAGCUCUGUCAGGUUGGAUGGGGAGCGUCGCUGCACAGCUAUUUUCAGGUCUCUCCAGAGAUGUUAGAUCGGGUUCAAGUCCGGGCUCUGGCUGGGCCACUCAAGGACAUUCAGAGACUUGUCCCAAAGCCACUCCUGCAUUGUCUUGGCUGUGUGCUUAGGGUUGUUGUCCUGUUGGAAGGUGAACCUUCACCCCAGUCUGAGGUCCUGAGUGCUCUGGAGCAGGUUUUCAUCAAGGAUCUCUGUACUUUGCCCCGUUCAUCUUUCCCUCGAUCCUGACUAGUCUCCCAGUCCCUGCCGCUGAAAAAUGACGCUUGGCAUUCAGGCCAAAGAGUUCAAUCUUGGUUUAAUCAGUUUAAUCGGUUUAAUCUUGUUUCUCAUGGUCUGAGAGUCCUUUAGGUGCCUUUUGGCAAACUCCAAGCGGCCUGUCAUGUGCCUUUUACUGAGGAGUGGCUUCCGCCUGGUCACUCUACCAUAAAGGCCUGAUUGGUAGAGUGCUGCAGAGAUGGUUGUCCUUCUGGAAGGUUCUCCCAUCUCCACAGAGGAACUCUGGAGCUCUGUCAGAGUGACCAUCGGGUUCUUAGUCACCUCCCUGACCAAAGCCCUUCUUCCCCGAUUACUCAGUUUAGCCGGGCGGCCAGCUCUUGGAAGAGUCUUGGUGGUUCCAAACUUCUUCCAUUUAAGAAUGAUGGAGGCCACUGUGUUCUUGGGGACUUUCAAUGCUGCAGAAAUCUUUUGGUACCCUUCCCCAGAUCUGUGCCUUGACACAAUCCUGUCUCUGAGUUCUAUGGACAAUUCCUUCGACCUCAUGGCUUGGUUUUUGCUCUGACAUGCACUGUCAACUGUGGGACCUUAUAUAUACAGGUGUGUGCCUUUCCAAAUUAUGUCCAAUCAAUUGAAUUUACCACAGGUGGGCUCCAAUCAAAUUGUAGAAACAUCUCAAGGAUGAUCAAUGGAAACAGGGUGCACCUGAGCUCGAUUUCGAGUCUUAUAGCAAAGGGUCUGAAUAUAAAUAAGGUAUUUCUGUUUUUUAUUUUUAAUGAAUGUGCAAAAAAAUAUAAUUUCAUCAAUUUUAGAAUAAGACUGUAACGUAACAAACUGUAGAAAAAGUGAAGAGGUCUGAAUACUUUCCUAAUGCACUUUAACUUAAAAAAAAAAAGUGGGCCCUGAUGUUCAAGGAGUAAAUACAAGGAGGGAAUACUGUGUCUACAAGGAGUAACAUAUAUUUAGUUUAUUUGCACCUCUCUGUUGAACAUUCCCUUUCCUAAUUCCUCUAGCCGCAGAAGCCCAAAAUGGUGAUGGAGUAUUGGUCUGGGUGGUUUGACCUCUGGGGUGACCUUCACCAUGUUUUUGCUGCUGGGGGUAAGUCAUAUUUCCUCAAGCAGCAGGAUCUCUUUGCCACACUGCAUGAGUCCCACUCAAUAGAUUGGUCACAUGGUGUUUAGCAUAUGGUCAGUUCUCCUUUGUGGUAUGUUUCUGUCAGAGAUGAAUAUGCUUUCCAUGUGUGCUUGUUUCCAAGUCAAGCAUCAUAAACCAGAUUUGGUCUUUAUUCCCCCUAAAAUUGUAUUUUGAUCCAUGUAGUCAAUUUCAACUGAACCAAGCUGUCUUUUGUAUACUGUUUUAUACUGUGUUAUGCUUUUAUACUGGCCUUCAGUGUCUAGAACCUUCAAAAUAAAUGGAGUCCCUAUGGUCACCCUAUAUGUGUAUGUACAGUCAAUAGAAGAGCAUUCCAUGCAGUGCGUACAUGUGUGCAGCUCGUUAGAUGAGUGACUCAUUCCCUCUCAGCAGGGAACAGUACAGUAUGUGAAAGGGUUACUGACUAACCAUGUAAUACACACACACACACACACACACACACCAUCCGCAUAACACUGUAGCCACUGCUAGCUUUGGGAUAUUUUGGUCAUGAUGGUGAAUCUUAAAUAAAAACUCAAUUUUCAUCAUCCUCUCAUGAGACAAUGCAUCACUGCAGUAAAUACUUGUCAGCUGUCAUACAGCUUGGCACACAGUUAUGGAGGUGUAUUCAUGUCAUGUAGAUUCUCCAGACUGUCCUUCUUAUGUUGAACAACAGCCACUGAUAACUCGUGUCCCCAGGCCUGGUUUUUUCUUCCUGUCAUUGCCAGCAGCAUCCACGUCUAUCUCACACACACAGGAUGCUAAUCAAGUCAUGCUCUGUCACUCCAUGCUUGUUAUUCAUUAUCCCGCUGCCCUUGAUUUAAAUCGGUAAAGUCAGCUCAAUUUGAAUGUCUAAUUAAACAUGUGACUAUGUUCUAUAUCAGGGGUUCCCAAACUUUCCAGCAUUGGGGAACACCCCCCCCCCCCCCCCCCCCCAACAAUCAACAACAUAUUUGGUCAAAAAAAAACUAAAAGAAAAAAAUGACAGUUCUGACAAGUUAAAAUUAGCUCGCUAAGUUAUGCAAUGACUAACAUGACAAGAGGAACUGAUGAUGCACUACCCAAUAUGAUCAUAGGUUUUGUUUUACUGUUGGGCUACCUGCCACAGCUCUUGUAUAUAGAGGUAGAGUUUAUAGCAAUGGAUAUUCUACAGCUAUUACGGGCACCAGGUCUUGUAAUUCUACUCUGUCUCUAUGCCCACCAGUAGUGAGUUCUCAUUUGUCACCCUCUCUUUGGCAGACAUGGUUGCUAUUGUGACGGAAAUCCUGAAACAGGACGCAUCAAUCAAUCUCUACAUGUUCCACGGAGGAACUAAUUUUGGCUUCAUGAACGGGGCCUUUGCAAUUGCCACGCUCAUGCCUAAGCCAAUGGUAACAAGUUAUGGUAAGUUCUAUUUGGAUCUUUAUAUUACUUGCUGUCCGCUUGUUUUAGAAUCAAUGUGUUCUCAUAGUUUACCUUGUUAUUUCUCUUUAUUGAAACAUACCUCUGAUAAGGAUGUUACAUCAGCCAGGUAUACAGGAAUUGUUAAAGUAAUGCACAGUCACUGUACUGUUAGUAAAGGCCAGUAGAUGGUGCUGUCACUCCUCCACAGUGCUUGACCUCAGGCUGCAUUUUAGCACUCAUUGCAUAAUUCAUUCAUCAGCUAAUAAAAUGCAUGGGAAAUGUAAAUGAAAGACGGCAUGAUGGGUUUUAUAUCCUCUUUGGGACUGUUGACAUUGUAAUGACCUCGCUCCUCAGAGGAGAAUGACAUUGAUGUCAAACACAGUAACAAUGGCACAUUGGCACAUGCUCUUUGACCUUCAAGUUUAACAGUAGUCUGUCUUUACAUUUGAUUUCCUCCACUGCCUCUUGCCUCCAUCCAAACUCCUGCAGCCGUAUCUGUCAAGAUAACCACAAAAUAUGUCUCCUGCUGGCUUGAGAUGUUUGAUAGGAGCAGAGUGAAACUCAUCGGACACGGGAGGAGUCAUCCCCGCCUCUCGCUCCUCGUGCCUCUUGCUGUUCUGAUAGUGGCAUUAUCUUUUCAGAUUACGAUGCUCCGUUAUCUGAGGCAGGGGAUUACACCACCAAGUACACUCUUCUGAAGAAUGUAUUGAGCCGCUACCACAGUGAGUGUCGCCGUGAGGGGCUCUUCUUUGUAUCUUUCUCCAAAGUCACUUAGUAAGGCCCUACGAGGAACAUUGAGUCUGUCUUGCCCAAUCAGAGAUGAGUUUGUGAGAUUGACGCUGGGUAUGGUGGACUACAGGAGCGUUUCUCAAACUCGAUUCUGGUUUAGGGACACGCCCCACCUCCCACUCCUCAAACAUACAGUCAGAGCAAUCUUACAUUUAUCCAGCCUCCCAGUAAACUAAGAUCUUCAGGGUUAUCUUAACAUGUUUCAUCCUUACGUUGUGCAGUAUUUUGAACAAUGAGCAUUGGCGUGGAUGAGAGCGAGCACUAAAGCGUCUGAGAAAACCUAUGUUCUAUUCAGCACCACAUAUACAUGACCUAAUUCUGUAUUUAUAUCCUACUUGAUAUCUGCUAUUGUUUGGCUCUCAGCUCAAAUGAGUUUCAUGAGUCAUGCAUACCUUGUGUAAGUAAGUAGCCUUGCACAAGCCUUGGCUUUUGCAGGCCGGAAUGGCUUAUAGGAGCAGGAGCCUAUCUCCUGUUUCUAUAGCAUGAGGCACCUUAAUGUACAAGUACACCCCCUGGACAGAACGCUAGUCUAUCACAAGGCUUUAGGCUCUCAGCUCAUAUGAGUUUCGUGAGUAAUGCGUACCCUGUGGUCACAGACUAAAACAUUAUCUCUAAUAAUUGUCCAUGAAUAGAACGAAAAUACUGUCUAACACUUGGUUUAAUAACAACAUGAAAUAAAUAGUAUUGUUCUUCCAAAUGGACAAUAGAUGCUGUCGGAGCAGUGGUUAAAAGCCAAGGUAAUACUAUUUGAUUAUGCAUGUGGCAGGGAGUCCAACUUGCACAACAUUCUUUAAAUUGAGUUCAAUCUUAACCCAAUUCUAUCAAAAUUCCAAUCCACUGUAGAAUCCAAUAACAUGAAAGUUUCAAGUUUAUAUAACUGCAGCUGAAGAUAACUUUGUCAGGCAGCUCACACAAUAUCAAACAACAGCAAAAGUGUGAAAUGGCAAUUUGCUCCAUAAAAAUACUUGGCUUGUAAACUCAGAAUGCCAUUUCAGGGCGAGGUGAUUUCUGCCACCCAUUAUCCCCUUUUAGUGGCCCAAAUGUUGAACUUAGUGUUAUUCCACCAAUAACCCCCAGUGGCUGCAGGUUUCUCUAAGUGCUUCAACACCUUAAAGAGUGCUGGAGGACAUCUCUUAGAGAGCAGCAACUGUCAGCUCCAACAGUUGUAAAAGGUACUACCAGCUGGAUACUGGUGUCAAGCUCAGAUGUUUUCCCAGUAAUUAUCUUAAAAGCCUGGGUUAUUUCCUGAAUCACAGAUGUUUUCCACUUCUGUAUUGAUCUGGAGUUGUCAUUCAUCACAUACCACUGUAUGCAGAGGUCAAAAUGAUCAUAUGAAAUGAUUAUGUUGUGACAAAAAUAAAUUUAUUUAAUCUUGUAACUGAUCAUUUAUAUUAUUAUCUAGCAAUGGCACUGUCUGAAUAAAGAGUUCAUUUUCAAUAUAUAACUCCAGCUAACAGUUAGGGCUCUAUUUUAACAAACCUAACGCAAUAUAAUGCUGUAUAUAGGUUUAGGGGUUGGUCCGAAAUAAUUUUGCUAUUUUCACUAUUACAGUUAUUGCCGCACUUGCUGGCGUUGACUGGGUUUUGAUGAAUAAACAUGUUGUGGGGUUGAGGCUUUGGCCCCUCAAUGGCCAAUCAGAACGUGCUCCAUGGCGAAAUAUGUGGUUGCUUCAAGUUGUGUAUUGCCUUGGAAUCAACUCCAAUUCCAAUGUUCGUCCGUUAUAGUUUGUUAAAUGGUUUACAGAAACGAAAUAGCAAAAUGUAGAACUAUCUUUGCUAAAUACGUUAACUUGAACCCAUUUGCAGUCUACAUUGUUCUAAGUAAUUGCGUGGCUUCAAUAUCAUUCACACUGAUAUAGGGGCUAAGCCUACUGUAAAUUGCAUUAUGGCUGAGCAUGGACUUGCCAAACAUUGUCAAUAAGCAAGAUUCAAUUAAUUAUUGACAAGGCCUAAAAAGAGAAUGAAUAAUUCUAAUCAAAUUCUAAACAAAACGAAACAACAACUUGUUUCAAAUAGGCUAUGUCACACUUACAGGCUCCAUCAUUUCUCCCCGUGGGCAUAUAAUAUUAAAACAACGCAGACUAUGGAGGGUUUUACGCACAUCCAAACUUUUCACAGUAGCUGGUCAAAGAUCCAAUAUAAAGAGAGAAUGUCCACUCACCGUUAUACUGCUCCCAAAUAUAUAUAUAUGUUUUAUUUACAUUUUAGUCAUUUAGCAGACGCUAUUAUCCAGAGCGACUUACAGUUAGUGAGUGCAUUUUUUUUUUUUCAUACUGGUCCCCCGUGGGAAACAAACCCACAACCCUGGCGUUGCAAACGCCAAGCUCUACCAACUGAGCUACACAGGACUAUUUUUAUGAACAUCAUCGGAACCAUUUUACAGAUCACAUCACAUUCACACAUCUCCAGAAGUUACAUUGCAUGCACAGACAUUGUAACAAUAAAACCAGCAAGGUGAAUCAUUCUAAUAAGAUUUGUUGUAAUAAAAUGCAAUGAAAAACAAGCACGUUUUUUUUUAACAACAAUAAAUACAUGUUAAAUGUAAUGAUGUCAUAAAAAGACACUGCUGCGGCAUUGCUGUUGAAUCAGCCUUCGUUAUAGUAGGCCUAAUGAAGGGCUUAGGUUUUGAACAUAUGAAACGGAAAACAAGCACUUGUUACAGAUAACUUCUAAAUACGAUGUUCACCGGUAUUCACCUGAGGUUCUCAUCUCUCGUUUCAUGACCUGCAUGGGCCUGCCAACAAUACAUAGAUAAAAAGGGAAUGUCAGCACACUGUUUUACUCCUCUCAAGCGUUAUAUUUUAAUAAUGGUUUAGUGAUUAAGAUUUAUUUCCAAGUGGUCUCAGGAGCCAAACCUUUUACCGACAGUCUUGACUACUUCGCGAUUGCAUUUGACAGGGGAAAAAAGGCCUUAAUUGAGAGCGUUUGACACUAGCGCCGCUUUAACGGCAGCUGAAAAUAGAGCCCUUAGAGUGCAUUGAUAUUCCUACAAACCCUCCGCUCAUGUUGGUAAGCUCAAAUGUCCCAUUUUUGUCUCAGUUCCCCAAGAGACACUCACUCCCCCGCAUGUUCUAUAUCUGACUAUGUCUGUGUGUCUCAGGUGAGAAGCUUCCUGAGGUUCCCUCCCUCCAGGCCAGGAGAGUGUAUGAGCCUGUCGUCAUUCAGCAGCAUCUGUCACUGUGGGAGAGCCUGCAGUUUACUGAGAAGGUGAGCAGCUAGGGCCCAAGUAGCAUGCUGUCUGCUGUGACCUGGCCUGGACUCCUUGGUUGUAUACAGUUGCACUAGACUUGGUUGUAUACAAUAUCACUAGAAUUGGUUGUGUACCGUAUCACUAGAAUUGGUUUUAUACGUACCACUAGAAUUGGAUGUAUGCUGUAUCACUAGACUAGACCUCCUUACAUGCUCUCUUCAUUGUUUAUUUUCUGGGCAAACGUAGCAGUGCGUCUCGUACUUGCGUAGACCAUUAAUUAUUCACUAGCCGUUGCUGUAAUUUGCUCCCUUCUGAGACGACAAUUACUUUCCCACCAUCUAGAUCCAGACACUUGUAGAAAGAAUGUAUUUCAUAAUUAUGGUAAUUGGCUGUCUAAAAAUGUAUCUUGAACUUUAUAUUAUACAUACAGUAUUCAUACCCCUUGACUUAUUCCACAUUUUGUUGUGUUAGCCUGAAUUCAAAAUGGAUUAAAUAUAUUUUAUUUCCUCACCUAUCUACACACAAUGGGAGAUUUUAAAAAAUGAAAUUUUAGCACAUUUAUUGAACAUUAUAUACAGAAAUAUAUUUUCAUAAGUAUUCACACCCCUCAGUCAAUACUUUGUAGAAGCACCUUUGGUGGCGAUUACAGCUUUGAGUUGUCUUACGUAUGUCUGUAUCAGCUUUGCACAUCUGGAUUUGGGGAUAUUCUCCCAUUCUUCUCUGCAGAUUUUCUCAAGCUCUGUUAAAUUAGAUGGGGAGUGCGGUGAGUAGCAAUCUUCAAGUCUUUCCACAGAUUUUCAAUGGGAUUCAAGUCUGGGCUUUGGCUGGGCCACUCAAGGACGUUCACAUUCUUGUUCUGAAGCCAAUUCCAGCAUUGCUUUGGCUGUAUGCUUGGGGUCAUUGUCCUGUUGGAAUGUAAAUCUUCGCCCCCCAGUCUAAGGUUGUUUACACUCUGAAGCAGGUUCUCAUCAAGGAUGUGCCUGUGUUUGGCUUCAUUCAUUGUUCCCUCGAUCCUUACCAGUCUCCCAGUCCCCAUAGAAUGAUGCUGCCACCACCAGUAAUUCACGGUAGGGAUGGUGUUAGACAGGUGAUGAGCUGUGCCUGGUUUUCUCCAGACGUAGCGUUUGCAUUCAGGCCAAAGAGUAAAAGUUUUGUCUCAUCAGACCACAGAAUAUUUUGCCUUAUGCUCUGAGUCUUUCACGUGCCUUUUUGCAAACUUCAGGUGUGUCGUCAUGUGCCUUUUUCUCAGGAGUAGCUUCCGUCUUGCCACUCUACCAUAAAGCCAAGAUUGGUGAAGUGCUGUAAAGACUGUUGUCCUUCUGGCAGGUUCUCCCAUUUCAGCCAAGGAACUCUGUAGUUCUGUCAGAGUGCUCAUUGGGUUCUUGGUCAACUCCCUGACCAAGGUCCUUCUUGCCUGGUUGCUCAGUUUGGUUGUUGGGUAGUUCUGUAUUUUUUCAAUUUCCCAAUGAUGGAGAAACAACUGAAUUGGCUUCAGGUGGACUCAAAUUGUAGUGACAUCUCAAGGAUGAUCAUAGGAAAUUGGAUGCACCUGAGCUCAAUUUGGAGUGUCAUAGCAAAGGGGUGUGAAUAUUUAUGUAAAUUAGAUAUUUCUGUAUUUCAUUUUCAAUACAUUCGCAAACAUUUCUAAAAACAUGUUUUCACUUUGUCAUUAAGGGGUAUUGUGUGUAGAUGGGUGAGAAAAAAUCUAUUUAAUCAAUUUUGAAUUCAGGUUGUAAGACAACAAAAUGUGGAAUAAGUCAAGGGUAUGAAUACUUCCUGAAGUCACUGUGUCAUAUAAUAUAUAAUCAUGUCAGAUUAGAUAGGAUGUUGUUGUUGUUUUGUCCUACGGUAGCCCUUGAAGUCAGAGGGGCCUGUCAACAUGGAGAACCUUCCUGUCAACAAUAACAAUGGUCAGUCCUAUGGCUACACUCUAUAUGAGACCACCAUCAGCAGCGGAGGCCUUCUGAACUCCAAGAAAAAUGUUAGAGACAGAGCCCUGGUGAGUACAGACAGACACAGCUACAUGACAUUAUAUCAUCAUUAUUUCAUGAUAUUAGCAUGAUAUAUGUCAGUAGAUUAUUUGUACUAAUAAACUUAUUUUGUCUUCUAGGUCUUUGUGGACAAACUCUUUGUUGGAGUUCUGGACUAUAAGACGCUGGAGUUUGCACUGCCUGAUGGAAAGGUAUAGUGAUAGUGUGUGUUUCGGGCGGCAGGUAGCCUAGCGGUUAGAGUGUUGUGCCAGUAACCGAAAGGUCGCUGGUUUGAAUACCUGAGCCGACAAGGUGAAAAAUCUCUCGAUGUGCCCUUGAGUAAGGCACUUAACCCUAAUUUGCUCAAGGGACGCCAUACUACUAUGGCUGACUCUGUAAAACAACACAUUUCACUGUAGCUAUCCGGUGUAUGUGACAAUGUGACAAUUUAAAUUGUAUUCAGGCUAUAGGUGUGCUGCUGAGCUGCUUUCGAAACUGGCUAGUUAAUAUUCAACACCAUGUUAGAGGUGAAAGCCUCUGGUGAUGCUGAUAAAUGCGUUUGUCACUAAGGUGCCAGGAUUACGCCAACAGAAAGUUUUCAGACAAAUGUUGUUCUAACAAGGAGGAAUCACAAUCACUAACUUUACACCUGCCUGUUAUUGGAAAACAAAUCCAUGCUGCUUUUCUAUCACACAGCAGCAGAUUGGACUUGAUCAAUUAUUAUCUGCAGUCCAACUGAAAGCCACGUUUCCUCUAUUGUCUUUAUUUAGUCUACUUUGCAUUGUGGACUGUAGAUAACACCUCCAAUUGUUUCCACAUCUUUUAUGUACUUUCCAUUGAAGGGGGAGAGAACAUUGAGUUUACUCGUGGAGAACUCUGGGAGACUGAACUCUGGUAAACUCCUAGAUGAACAGCGUAAAGGUAAUUCGAUAGUUUCACUUACUGUAUCUGGGUCAGUAUUAGCCUUGUGGUUGUAUUACUAGACACAUCUAUUAGUAAAUAAUUUCAGUAUAGGUGCUCAAAAACAGCUAAUUAACCACUGAAUUUAGAAAAUCAAAGACUGCCUUAUUUCAGCCUUGGCUUAUUUUGCAGGUCUUGUCGGAGACAUUGAGUUGAACAAUACCCCGCUACGAAACUUUAUCAUUCAUAGUCUGGAUAUGAAGCCUGGCUUUGUAAAUAGGUUUGUACUGAUCAUGUACAUCUUUCAAUUUCCGUCCUCAUGUUUAUUUGUUCUGUUCUGAGUCUCUGUCAUUGCUCCUGCCUAGCUCUGAUUCUGUUGAGUUGAUUAUCUUCUUGGUUCUCACUGAGCGUAGAAUUACAAUGCCAGAUUGCAGAAAUAACAUAUUUUUCAUGUGGUUUCCCAAUACCAUGUUAAAACCCCAUUAUAAUCAGCUGGGAAAUUAGCGCUGUCUUGAAGAUGCUUGCCCACUGAUCAGAAGUGGUAUAAAACCAUUUAUAUAUCCACGACUGAAGCCAUGCCAUUGUACACUCUCACAAAUGAUGUUGUUACAUGAAUAAAUAUGACGAGGAAUCGUAUUAGUCAGUAAUUUCCUGUGUUAUAAUAGGUUGAUCUCCUCCCAUGUUUCAGACUGAGUGCAGCAAGCCAGUGGAACUCUGUCUUCCAGAAGCCUUCCUUCCCAGGGUUCUUCCAGGGAAAGCUGUAUGUGGGCGGCCAUCCCAGAGACACCUUCAUCAGACUGCCUGUGAGUAAAGCAGCCCAACAGGCUCUGUGGUUAUGAAAGAGAGCACCACCUGUCCAUACUGUUUAUUGAUGCAUAGUGUAGUAGGCCUAUCUCUGGUUUAUUGAUAGCUAGUGUAGUAGGCAUCACACAUCAGACCAACAUAGUGAUGAAAGAAGAUCCCAGAGAAACUCUAAACUCUGAUUUUCAAGUCACUGAUUGCAGUGUUUUUUUAUCCACAGGGCUGGAGUAAAGGAGUGGUCUUUAUCAACGGGCAGAAUCUUGGACGCCACUGGUCCAUGGGCCCCCAGCAAACCCUCUACCUCCCCGCCCCCUGGCUUAACCAAGGAAACAAUCAGGUACUGAUGCCGUAACUGUUACUGCCUCUCUGUCUCUAACUGGUUCCCUGGAAAAAUCUCUCACACCCUCCACAGGAGUUCACCCAGAUGCCUCUGUUAGGAACAUCACAGGUCAACAGUUUUGAUAUACAGCUAUAGCGGCUGGGCCACCCCGUGGGUUUGAUGAUAUUGAACUUGGCAGUGCUUUGCGGGAAUAGUCCUCAGGCGACUUCUCUUUCCUCUGAACAUGUUGUCUCCACGCCUCGGCACCCUACUGCUGUGUUGACCUCUGCUGUGUUUCAGAGCCUUUUGUUUUUGUUGAUCUCAGGUCGUUGUGUUUGAGGAGCAGGAAGCUGAUGGUAAAAUCCAAUUCGCCAUGGAGCCUGACCUUGGAAUGACUGUUGACGUA